UUCUCUUCUCCGAAGAACCCUAUAGAAAGAAGAAGAAACAGUGUUAAUCGAUUCUUAUCAUUGGAAGCUCGAAGCGGCCACAACCCUAGCUUCAAAGCGUUCUCCUUUCGGUCUCGAUUUUGCUUCCUUCGCUUUUCGCAGCUCGUUCUGAUCCAUUGUGUUGUUCUGUAGUCAUGGUGGAAGGAAGUGGCAAGAGGACCAGGCCAAACAUUCUGGUGACUGGGACACCGGGGACAGGGAAGACAACGCUGUCAAGUUCUCUAGCAGAAGCCACUCAGCUCCGCCACAUCAAUGUUGGAGAUUUAGUCAAAGAGAAAAACUUGCAUGAUGGCUGGGAUGAUGAGCUUGAUUGUUUUGUUCUUAAUGAAGACUUGGUCUGUGAUGAACUUGAGGAUGUUAUGGAAGAGGGAGGGAACAUUGUGGAUUAUCAUGGUUGUGAUUUCUUUCCUGAGCGAUGGUUUGAUUGUGUGGUUGUACUUCAGACCGGUAACACUGUUUUGUAUGAUCGUUUGAGCAGGAGAGGAUACAACGAAGCAAAACUUUCCAACAAUGUUGAAUGUGAAAUCUUUCAAGUUCUGCUUGAGGAGGCUAAAGAAAGUUAUCCGGAGGACAGAGUGGUUGCAAUGAAGAGUGAUACUAUUGAAGACAUUAGUAGAAAUAUUGCAACUUUGACUGAUUGGGUCAGAAAUUGGUCUUCUCCAGCUCAGUCAUAACAAGGAAGAUGAGAAAUUUUUGUUUAUACCUUGUAAGAGUAUAGUCAAUUUUUUUGUGGGGUUUCAUGAUGAAUUGCAAUCUGAAUUUUGGAGUGUUGUUGAAUUACCUCUUGCUACAUUAGGUGCGCCAUGUACUCUAGAUAUUUAUGUUAUGGCUUUUAAAUAAAACAGCAAAAAAUAUUGUUCAA